AUGAAGAUCGCCGUCCUUGCUUCCCUUCUUGCCACCGCGGCUGCUUUCGCACCCGCCCAACAGCGUGUUGCCCACAGCACAGCUCUUGCAAGCACCUCUGAGGACUACUGGGAUCCUUUGGGCCUUUACACUCUCGGAAAUGGCGAGGCUUUCGAUACAUUCCCCAACAUGUUCCCAAAUGAACAAUUCUUGAGUGAGGCUGAGCGAAAGCACGGACGUAUGGCAAUGCUUGGAUGGACUGGAAUCUGGGCCACCACUGAGGGUGGCUUGGGUCUUGGUCUUCACUUCCCUGGAUUCCCCGUUGAACCCGACUGGACCAAGGCUCUCGGUGUCUUUGCAGCUGAAGAACCAGCCUGGUUCGGUGGCAUCCUUGCCUUCAUCAUGAUUGCCGAAGGUGAGGGUGUUGGCCACACAGGUGAUAACUUCCGAGGAAAGUCCACCAAGACCCCCGGUGACAUGGGCUUUGACUACCUUGGAUUGAAGAAGAAGCUUUCAGCCGAGAAGCAAGCGCACUACCUUGAGUCCGAACUCAAAAACGGUCGUGCUGCUAUGAUCGCGAUGGCAUCUCUGUUCUCCUUCAAAGCAGUCGAAGGAUCAGUUCCUCUCAUGGAGCUUAUUGGCGCCAACUAA